GUACAUCAGAAUUUUCCGGACAGAUGAGGGUUGGAUAUCAUAUGUGCAGGACUGCAAUAACUUCUGAGUUUCAUCAAUGCUAGUAUGGUACAAGUACUUACUAAUGAUGCAGAUCAUUCAUUGGAUGCUCUUUACUAUCUUAGAGACACAGUAAUGUAGAUUUUGAAUGCUGGAUGCGAUGGAGAAUUGUACAAACCACCUCAUCCCCUGCUUCAAGAUAUUCAAGAUCCGAAGUCUGUCAAGGCGUCACGUGUGAAUACAACUGACAAUUCAUUCUCUGUGCGGAAGAAGGUCCAAACAUGUAUCUCUUUCUUCUUCGAGUCGUGGGGGGCAAAAGGAGAGGACAGAAGUUGCCUCUUUGGCAAAGGACGAGAAGGUAGCGCUUUCUCCAGGGAGAUGCCAAAAGGUUCACAAGUGCCAUAAAGCAGGCUGCUUUGGCGAGGCGGAGGCGGAGGCUGGGAAGAGUACAAAGGUCCUUUAGAUCCCCUUCUUUUCUUCUUCAAAAGUCCUCUCAGGUCCUCAUAAUGGCUUUGUGCUCCUUUGGACGAAACCGUUCGAUAAAGAGUGCUUGAGCUUGAGUCGGUUGGAUUGGCCUGCCCUCACUGCAAUGCUCGGAGCUUAAAACGCAGUUGCAAGUACAACCCAAAGAAGAGUGCAGGAUGUUUAAAGUCUGCGGAGGCCAUACAUGGCAUUCAGCUGUCUGAAGAGGCACCAGAUAUCUCUCAGCGUAAUGACUGAAAGGGAAAUCCUCCAUGUCUAAUUCCUUUGGAGGAACGUGGACUUUAGAGAAACUUUGUUUGGCAUGAGAAACUUUCUCGGCAUGGGCAGUUUGGUAGUGGCAGCCGCUUCUUCAGUCAUCCAAGCUGCGUGUAGAAGCAAUCAUCCAGAUAUUUCCUCUUUUAGCGUGUUCUUCUCGAGUAAAGAGGUGGAUUCCGAUAUAUCUUGGCGUUCUGAAACCUCCCGUGGACAUGAACAUGUGAAGUGCAAUGGGCAGCAUAAUUUAAAAAGCUGGAGCUGGGUUCACCCUAACUUUUCAGAUGACGCUUCCCAAUCCAAAUGAUUCACCCACCUCAAAGUGUAUCAUUCACUUCUAAGAAUGAAAUUUCUUGUUGAGGUAAUUUUUCCACUUACUCCACCUAAACGAAGUCUGCAAUCUUCGCAGCUAUCGCAUUUGCUGGGAUAAAUAUACAGUACGAGACUUUUCACUCUCUUGUGCAGAAUAUACGGUUAGAAUGCAGAUGAUGUUGGCUGCUUUAGUACUCAUAGAGACUUUGACGGCUCCCACUACUGAUCAGGAUUUUGCAUCACAAACGUUCCUGGAAAAUACCUUGCCCAGGCUUGCUAUGGGAACAACGAUAAAAGCCCAUGCUUCUUGAAAUUGUACGUCUUUCUUAGUACUUGUGAUACGAGUUGAGGUAGACCUCCGAAGAUCAAGAAUUCUACUUGUUUGUUGGAGGGCGGAGAACUUAGUUAUGUCGGACACCACAAAACCAAAAUACUGUCCGACAAAACCAAAGCCACUUAUGACCUCUACAGCCUUGGCAUGCCUUCCACGGGCAUUUGCUGUCCAAAUUUACACUUGCAAAAAAAUUGAACUUGCACACAUUCGCAAAAACCCGGCCUCACGUUCUACUCGAAUGAACAGCAUGGCUUGUUACUUGAGUCAUCUAUACACAUCGAUCCCAUUGUGUUCAUGUCCACAGCUCACGGGAGGUGCAACGGCCUCCGACUCAAACCUUCUCAUCUUAAGCGCUUGGUCAAGAUAUCUGACUUACACUGGUCGAUCUCCACUUCCCAAGGCACGGAUCUAUCAAGACAUGGUAUUCAACAUCUCCAGCCUGGCCUCAGUCCACGUGAAACUGCUCAGAGUUCAGGGUGCAGAAACCAUCGGAGAUCCAGCACUAUCGUAGAUAUCGUAGUCGUAGUACAAUCAGAGAUCGCAGAGACAAACUUUUCACAAUAUCGUCUGGACCGUGAGGUUCGAGGCCUAGCAUCCGAGUAUAUCUUCUAGGAAGGAGGAAUGAAGAUGUCGAAGAAGCGCAGCAAAUGCGAGGAUGAAUACAACCGGUUGUAGGGGCCGGAACCAGCAGGGAUUGGCCCAGUCGGAUGGGCGCCAUACUAGUCUAGGCCUGACAUCAUAAAGGUCGAGCAUUGUGCAGGCAAAGUGUAUCCCAUUCUCCGGGCAAGGAGGCCGAGGUCCAGCCAGAGAAAGCGAUCGGACCCGUCGACGAGAAUCAGGAGACGUGUGUGUCGACAUGUGGGCCAAGUUGAGGAAGAGAUGACAGCAGCUGUCGUGAGAUGUUGCCGAUGAUGUACACCGGGCUUCGGUUGUGCCAACACUCGUGUUUCGCCAUGUGCAAAUGAGUAUGAAGGGGAAGCUGAGUAUAGAAGCCUUUAAACUUCAGGACGUACCCGAGGGAGGGAUGGAGGGAGGGAGGGAGGUACCACAACAUCAUCGAUGCAACGAUGGUGCUGCAAGAGUAGACUUACUAACUGACAUUCCCACGUCCAACCAAAACUACCGACUUCCCUCUCAGAAUUCUCACUUUCGC